AUGGGCUGGACGGGGGAAUUGCUGUGCCUCCUGGGGGCGAGGUUCCCCGACGCGGCGCUGGAGCACCGGUAUCGGGAAUUCCGGACGAGGAACUACUUCCUCAGGGACGACGGAUUCCAGGCGGGCCUGCGCGCCUUCGCGAUCGGCGCCCUGGGCAUGCGUGGGCUCGUCAAGUCCGGGCCCACCCCCGGCACGGCGGUCAUCUUCUUGAUGUUCGUGGCGCCGGUGCUCCAGCUGGCGAUGCGGUCGCUGGCCGACCGGCGGGGCCGCACGGAGGCCGCCCUGGCUGCCUACAUGGGCCAGCGCUGCGCCUGGGCGGCGCUGUCCCGCACGCUGCUGUGCCCCCUGGUCGUGUGCACCUACUUCCUGGAGUUCUUCCAGCAGCCGCCGGGGCCGUCGGCGACCUGGUUCCGGCUGUCCUCCUACGUCCUCUACAGCACCGGCGCCAUGGUCCUGUUCCUGUCUUGCGUGGGCUACCCCGUCCUGCUGGAGCACCACCUGGCGAUCCAAGCCCUGAGUGUGCUCAUGGUCGCCUACUGGCGGGCGGGGCCCUUCUGCCGGGAGGCCCUGGCGGCCGACGGCGGCCCCGAGCACGUGCUCGCCGCCUGGCGCGCCCUGGAGGCCGCCUCUCGCUGGGUCUUGGCCGCAAUGUACAUGCGCGAGGUGCCCGCGGCGCCCGAGCCCGAUCCCAUGCCCGCCUGCGGGCACGUGGUGCUGGCGAUGUACGGGUGCGUGGGGCUGGCCGCCACCACCUACGUGCUGUGGCUGGUGGAGCACAAGUCGAGGGUGCACUUCCUUAAGGAAACGGGGUGGGGGAACUGGAUGGGCUGGGAGCCCCUGGGGGAGAGGGCGGUUGUGUUCCAGAUCGUGAUGGGCGCGGCGUGCCUGGCGGUGGCCUGGCAGGUGCUGCGGGCGCUGCUGCUCGGUCGGCCGCCGGAGGGCGGCGGGGGCUGGGAGGGAGGCGGCGACGUUGCCUGGAUCGUGCGAUGA